AUGUGCAAAGUACCGGGUGUUGUGAUGCUGGCGGUGCUUUGCGCUGCUGCACCGGCCUACGCUAGUUCCCUUCCUCCCGGUGUACCAGGCGAGGGCUUGUCUGGCGGUGGCGGUGGCGGUGGCGGUGGCGGUGGCGGUGGCGAGUGCACUGGCGAGCAGUUCGCGUGCGCUGACGGCUCCCGCUGCGUGCCUGCCGCCUGGCGCUGCGACGGGCGCGCCCACUGCCCCGACGCCUCCGAUGAGUUGCAUUGCACGUGGAACGUGAGCUGCGGCGCGGGCCAGUUCCGUUGCGAGCGCAGCGGGCUGUGCGUGGCGGCCGGCUGGCGCUGCGACGGCGACGCAGACUGCGGGCCCCACGACGACUCCGACGAGAACCCAUUCAUGUGCGAGAAGGAGUUCCGGUGCCCGGGCAACGAGGCGCGCUGCGAGAGCCCGCUGGGCGGGCGCUUCUCGUGCGUGCCCGUGGCCGCCUUCUGCGACGCGCGCCGCGACUGCCUCGACGGCAGCGACGAGUGGGACAUCUGCGACAACUUCACGAAGUCGCAGUGCGCGGGGCUGGGGUGCGCGCACGAGUGCCGGCCCACGCACCAGGGCCUGGCCUGCUUCUGCCCCCGGGGCUACGAGCCCCAACUCGGACGCUGCGUGGACACCGACGAGUGCGCGCGCGAGGAGACGUGCGCACAACGCUGCACCAACUCGGCCGGCUCCUACACGUGCUGGUGCGUGGCCGGCUACGAGCUGCAGGCGGACGGCUCCACUUGCGCCGCUAUCAAUGAGCCGGCUGCGGAGCCGCUGUCGCUGGUGGUGGGCACGACGGCGGGCGUGGCGCGCGUGUGGCCGCGGCGCCCGCCCGCCGCCGCCCAAGACGACGCGCUCCUCUCUCGCGCCGCCCUCGGCGUGCGCGCUCUCGACUUCCUCUACGACAACAGAUCGAUCUGUUACGUGCACACAAACGUGAGCCGCUCGAGCAUCGUGUGCGUGCCGGCGGACAACAUGACGCAGUACAGCCUGGUCCUUCCCACGCCGGAUCUUUUCCCCGAUGUCGAUUCGGUGAACCACCUCGCCAUCGACUGGGUGUCGGGCAACUGGUACGUGAGCGACGAGGCGCGCGAGGCGCUGUACGUGUGCGACCGCAGCGGCCGCCACUGCCGGUUGCUGGUGGAGGGGCUGAACAAGCUGCACGGGCUGGCCCUGGACCCGCUGCACGGGCUGAUGUUCUGGUCGGCGUGGGGCGCGGCGCCGCCGGCGGUGAUGCGCGCGGCGCUGGACGGGCGGGCGGCGCGCGCGCUGGCGGCGCACAAGCUGGUGUACCCGGGCCCGCCCGCGCUCGACCUGGCGGCGCGCCGCGUCUACUGGCCCGACGCCUACCUCGAGUGCCUCGAGCGCGCGGACUACGAGGGCAAGCACCGCGCCACCGUGCUGCGCGGAUACAGCAGCCAGCGGCUGCAGCGCAUCGCGGUGCUGGGCGGCGCGCUCUUCCUGCCGGCGUGGGAGGCGCGCGCCGUGCGCGUGGCGGCGCUGCGCGGGCCCGACGCCGAGCUGGUGCCGCUGCGCACCAGGCCGCUCGCCGCGCUCGCCUUCCACCGCCAGGCGCAGCCCCGAGUGGCCCACCCGUGCGCGAGGAACAACGGCGGCUGCGCGCACAUCUGCGUGGUCGCGUAUCGCGACGAAAUAGGGGUGGCGCAGUGCAUGUGCAAGCACGGCUACCGCCUCGCCGGAGAGCACGCGUGCGUGCGGGCGGAGCUGGACAGCUACCUGGCGCUGUGCCGCGGCGCGCCCGCCAUGGUGCAGGCGCUGGCGCUGGACGCGGCGCACCUCGGCUGGGAGCCGCUGGCGCCCGCCACGCGCGCCUCCCGCCCCACCGUGGCCGACGUGGACCUGCGCGACCGCCGCCUCUACUACUGCGACGUGCACAGGUACGAGAUCGCGCGCCAGCGGCUGGACGGCACCGAGCACGAGAUCUUCCUCAACGAGGACGUCGACAACUGCGAGGGGCUCGCCAUCGACCCCAUCGGCCGCAACGUGUACUGGACGGACGACACCCUGGGGCGCGUGUCGGUGGCGCGGCUGGACGACGCGCGCGUGCGCAUGGUGCUGGUGCAAGAGGAGCACUACAACCCGCGCGCCAUUCUGCUCGACCCGCCCAACGGCGCCAUGUACUGGUCGGUGUGGGCGAGCGCGGUGGCGGCGCGCGGGCGCAUCGAGAGCGCGUGGAUGGACGGCUCGCAGCGGCACACGCUGCUCGACGAGGGGCUGCACUGGCCCAACGGGCUCGCGCUCGACGCCGACACCACCACCCUGUACUGGUGCGACACCUACCUGAAUAAGAUCGAGCGGUUGCGCAUGAGCCCCGACGGCAACCACGUGCGCGAGCUGCUCCUGCAAGACGAGCCAGGCGCACCGCUCAAGAAGCCCUACGGUCUGGCGCUGUACGAAGGCGCAGUGCUCUGGAGCGAGCACGGCACCGGCUACGUGAAGCGGCGCGACGUCGACGGGCGCGUUUCCGUCUUGGCCGCCCUGGCGCCCCCGCUCUACGACCUCCGCCUCGUGUCCAACACCGCUCUCAUAGGCAGCAACGCGUGCUCGCGCGAUAACGGCGGCUGCGCCGAGCUGUGCCUGGCGGCGGGCGCCGGCCGCACGUGCGCGUGCGCGGCGGGGGCGCGCGCGGGCCCGACGGGCGCCUGCCCGCCCCCCGCCGCCCCCGACGACCCCCCGCCCCCCCGCGCCCUCGCCCCGCUGCGCCCCCGCGCACUUCCACUGCGGCAGAGGAUACCAGUAUUUUCUCAAACGCACCCACACACCGACUUGAAACUUCGACAACAAUACUAUUCUCAUCAUUUACAACGCUGCAUAGAUAUGUCGCUGGUGUGCGACGGCGACGCCGAUUGCCCCGACGGCUCCGACGAGGAUUCCUCGCCCACCGGACCCUGCGCGAACGUGACGUGCAACGAGGAGCAGUCCCUGCAGUGCGACACCAACCGCUGCAUCCCCAAGAGCUGGGUGUGCGACGGGCUGAAAGACUGCACGGACGGCGCGGACGAGACGGCGGCCGCGUGCGCGCGCUCCGCCUGCCCGCCGGCGCAGUUCGCGUGCGCGCGCUCCCGCCGCUGCCUGCCGCGCGCCUGGCGCUGCGACGGCGCCCCCGACUGCGGCCCCGCCGACGACAGCGACGAGCGCGGCUGCGCGAGCCCGGAGUGCGGCAGCGGCAUGUUCAAGUGCGCGAACGGCGCCUGCGUGCCGUGGGAGUACUACUGCGACGGGCGCGCCGACUGCGCGGACGCGUCGGACGAGCGCGGCUGCCGCGACGCGCCGCGCACCUCGCCCGCGCCGAGGCGCCCCUCGCACCCGCGCACCCACCACCACCGCAACGAGACCGACAAGCACGGCCUGUGCGAGGAUCACGAGUUCCAAUGCGAAAAUCGGGAGUGCAUACGAAUGGAGUUCCGGUGCGACGCGCGCGUGGACUGCCUCGACGGCUCGGACGAGGCGGAGUGCGCGGCCGCGCCCGGCGGAGGCACGUCCGUCGCCCCCGCCCCCGCCCCCGCCCCGCCCCCGUCCGCGCCCCCGUCCGCGCCCCCCGCCGCCGAGUGCGCGCCGCCCGCGCUGCGCUGCGACGGCGCGCGCUGCGUGCCGCUGCUGCAGCUCUGCGACGGCGUGGCCGACUGCGCGGACGGCGCCGACGAGGCUGACCGAUGCGGGGAGCCGAUGUGCGAGGCGGCGCCCUGCACGCACGGCUGCCACCCGACGCCGGGCGGGCCCGCCUGCACGUGCCCGCCGCCGCUGCACCUGCAGCGCGACGCCGCCUCCUGCGCGCCGCGCCACGCCUGCGCCGACUGGGGCGUCUGCAGCCAGACGUGCCAGCCGCAGAAGAGCCGCUACAAGUGCACCUGCUACGAGGGCUACCGGCUCGCUGACGACGGGUUCACCUGCAAGAGCACAGACAAGGUGCGGCCGCUGCUGGUGUACAGCAACCGGCACGAGGUGCGCGGCGUGGAGCUGCCGUCGCUGUCGUCGCGCGCGCUGGUGGCCUCGCUGAAGAACACCAUCGCGCUGGACUGGCGCCGCGACCCCGCCACCAACGACACGCACCUCUACUGGACCGACGUCGUCGACGACAACAUCUACCGCGGCACCCUGGCCGGCACCGCGCUGAGCGGCAUCGAGGUGGUCGUGCAGCAAGGCCUCUCGACGGCGGAGGGCCUCGCCGUCGACUGGGUGGCGGGCAACCUGUACUGGGUGGAGAGUAGUUUGCAUCAGAUCGAGGUGGCCAGAGUGGACGGCAAAUAUCGGCGCACACUCAUCGCGGAGGACAUGGAGAGUCCGCGGGCGAUCGCCGUAGAUCCGAGGAAGGGGUUCCUGUUCUGGAGCGACUGGGAGGCGGAGGCGCCGCGCAUCGAGCGCGCCUCGCUGGCGGGGCGGCGGCGCGCGGCCAUCGUGCGCGUGGACGCGCUCAGCGACGGCGCCUGGCCCAACGGCAUCGCGCUCGACCACCUCGCCGAGCGGCUGUACUGGAUCGACGCCAGGUCGGACUCCAUCCACACGACCACCUACUCGGGCGACGACCACCGCGAGGUUCUGCGCGGCCACGAGGCGCUCUCGCACCCCUUCGCCAUCACCGUCUUCGAGUCGCACGUGUACUGGACCGACUGGCGCAGCAACAGCGUGGUGCGCGCCAGCAAGUGGGACGGCAGCGGCGUCACCGUCGUGCAGCGCACGCUCACCCAGCCCUUCGACAUCAAGGUGAUCCACCCGAGCCGGCAGCCGCCCGCCGCCUCGAACCCGUGCGGGGAGCGGAACGGGGGCUGCUCGCACCUGUGCCUCAUCGACGCGCCGGACGCGCGCGUCUGCGCCUGCCCGCACCUCAUGCGCCUGGCGGCCGACCAGCGCACGUGCGAAGCGCACGAGCGGGUGCUGCUGAUCGGGCGCGAGGGCGAGAUCCGCGGCGUGGACGCGGCGGCGCCGCUGGAGGCGCUGGUGCCGGCGGUGGCGGGGCCCGACGUGGCGGCGCCGGCGCAGCUGCAGGUGCUGGCGGGGGAGCGGCUCGUGUACUGGGCCGACACGGAGGCGGGCGAGGUGCGGCGCACGCGGCUCACGGGCGGCGCCGUGGCGGCCGUGGUGGAGCGGCUGGCGUCGGCGCCGCGCGGCCUCGCGCUCGACUGGGCGGCGCGGCUGCUGUUCUACUGCGCGGGCGACGCGCUGGCCGUGGCCAACCUCGACGGCGAGAUGACCGCCGACCUGCUGCGGGACCCCGACCUCGUGCACCUCACCGCGCUCGCCGUCGACCCGCUCAGGGGCCAGCUGUACUGGGCGCUGGGCGCGGGCGCGGCGGGCGGCGAGCGCAUCGAGGCGGCGCGCGAGGACGCCAGCGCGCGCACCACGCUGCUGCGCGCGCGCGACCACGCGCUGCUCGCCGGAGUCAGCGGCAUGUGCAUGGACGUGGACAACGACCGGCUGUACUGGGUGAACUCGGGCACCGCCACCAUACAGUAUUACGAAGUCAGCAACGGGCGACUGUCCACCAUGGCGAUAGGCGCCGGGGCGCGGCCGGUGGCGCUGACCGUGCACGGCGGCCGCGCGAUCUGGGCCGACGCGGACGGCGCGCUGCGCGCCUGCGCCGCCCCCGGCUGCGAGCGAGUGCGCAUUCUGCGCAACAACACCGGUACCCACGCCGUCUCCGAACGCACCUUCGCACUCUGCUGGUGUCCUACCGAAUGGUCUUCAGCGAGCUCGUCUCCGGCAGAGGGCGUGCUGUCGCUGCGCGUGUGGGACGGGCAGCAGCAGAAGCGGCCGGCGGGCGCGUGCUCGCAGCGCGCCGCGGCCGCCACGUGCGCGCACCUCUGCGUGCCCGUGGGCCGCUCCGCCAGCGUGUGCCGCUGCGCAGCGGGAUACGAGCAGCGGGGCGCGGCCUGCACGCCCGUGGACGAAAUCUUGGUGUACCCGUUGGAUUCGGACAUACAAGGCAUACAUCUGAACGCCAGCGGCGACGCGGCGGAGCCGAACCUCCUGCCGCCGAUCCCCGGCCUCUCGAUGGCCACGGCCAUAGACUACCACGCCGAGGGCGAGUGGCUGUACUGGGUGGACGGCGAGCGCGAGAGCGUGUGGCGCGCGCGGCGCUGGGGCGGCGAGCGGCGGCGCGUGGCCGCGGCGGCCGGCGAGGCGGAGGCGCCGGCCGGCCUGGCCGCGCUGGCCGUCGACUGGCGCGCCGCCAACCUCUACUGGGCCGAGCCGCGGCGCGCGCUGCUGCACGUGGCGCGCCUCGACGGCAGCCACCCCUACGUGCUGCUCGACACGGACCCCUUCGCCAUCGCAGCGCUGGCGCUGGACGCGGAGCGCGGCUGGCUGUUCAUGUCGGGCGGCGGCUGGGUGCAGCGCGCCCGGCCCGACGGCUCGCAGCGCGCCCUGCUGCACAACGGCACGGCCGUGGCGGACAUCGCGCUCGACCUGCAGAGGCAGCACGUGUACUGGGUGGCGGAGGCGUGGGAGGCGGGCCUGUGGCGCAUGACGUACGCGGGCGAGCGGCGGCAGCGGCUGGCGCAGGGCGCGCCCUUCCACCACACGGUGGCGCUGGCGCUGCACGGGGACCGUCUCUACUGGCUCGACACGAUGCUGGAGCGCGGCAGCGUGGUCACCGCGCCGCUGAACAACCUCACGGACUACCGCGUCAUGAGGCACAACGUCGUGUAUCACCGCACGGACUUGAUGGUGUGGUCGCGGGCGCGGCAGUCCGGGCCGAGCGCCAACCCGUGCGCGGGCGACAGGGCCGGCUGCGCCGCGCUCUGCCUCUGGGACGGCGCGAGCGCGCGCUGCGCCUGCCCCCACGGGCGCCUGGCGCCGGACAACAGGACCUGCCUGCCGCACAAGGCGUUCAUAAUGUACUCGAGAGUCACCAAGAUCGACAGUAUACAUCUCGACAACGACACCGAUCUCAACUCGCCGUAUCCACCUAUAGAAGAUAAGGAGCUGAUGCGCAACGUGAUCGCCCUGGCGUACGAGUACAACAGCUCGCGGCUGUUCUACUCGGACAUCCAGCGCGGCUCCAUCAACACCGUGCACUUCAACGGCACCGGGCACGAGGUGCUGCUCGAGCAGGUGGGCGCCGUGGAGGGCAUGGUGUUCGCGGCGGCGGCGGGCGCGCUGUACUGGACGAGCGCGGCGGGCGUGCGCGGCGCCCACGUGGCGGCGGUGCGCGCCGCGCCGCGCGCCCAGCGAGCCGCGCUCGUGCGCGACGUGCUGCGCCUGCCGGCCGGCGAGCGCCCGCGCGGCCUCGACUUCGACCCCUGCCACGAGCGCCUGUACUGGACCAAUUGGAACCAGUCGCACCCGUCCAUUCAGCGGGCGCUGGUGGGCGGGCGGGGGCUGCAGACCAUCAUCAGCACGGACAUCCUGAUGCCGAACGGCCUGGCCUUGGACCACAGCGCGAGGCGCCUCUACUGGGCCGACGCUCGCCUCGACAAGAUCGAGCGCGCGCACUACGACGGCUCCCAUCGACACGUGGUGACGCAGUCGGACACGAAGCACCCGUUCGCGGUGGCGGUGGGCGGCGGCUGGGUGUUCUGGUCGGACUGGGUGGCGCGCGCGGUGCUGCGGGCCGACAAGCGCGCCGGCGGGGCGAGGACGCUGCGCCGCCACCUGCCGCGCCCCAUGGCGCUCGUGGUCGUGGCGCCGCAGCACCAGACCUGCGAGAGCGACCCCUGCUCGAUCCUGAACGGCGGGUGCGGCGAGCGGUGCGCGCUGGACGCGCAGGGGCGCGUGGCGUGCGCGUGCGGGGCGGGGCGCGCGCUGGCGCGGGACGGCCUCUCGUGCGCGCCGCCGCGGGCGCAGUGCGGCGCCGGCCGCUUCGCGUGCGCAGAGGGCGCCUGCCUGCCGCUCGACCUGCUCUGCGACGGCGUGCCGCACUGCAGCGACGGCCCCGACGCCAGCGACGAGGACCUCUACUACUGCACGUCGCGCGCCUGCCCGGCGGGCUGGCUGGCGUGCGGCGCGGGCGGGCGCUGCGUGCCGCGCGCCGCGCAGUGCGACGGCCGCGCCGACUGCGACGACGGCGCCGACGAGCGCGGCUGCGACUGCCCCCCCACCCACAUCAAGUGCGACGACGGCAUGUGCGUGCCCAUGGAGGCGCGCUGCGACGGCGCCGUGCAGUGCGCCGACGCGUCGGACGAGCGCGGCUGCGCGCGCGGCACGUGCGCCUCGCUGGGCGCGGCCGCGCUGCCCUGCGGCGGCGGCGACGCCUGCUACCUGCCCGCUUGGCGCUGCGACGGCGCCGCCGACUGCCCCGACGGCACCGACGAGGCGCACUGCCCCCACGACACCACCGAGAUGAGCCGCAGUGCGGAAACGACGGAGGAGGAGGUGAACGCAGAAGAGUGCACCGAGGAGCAGUUCAAGUGCGGCGGCGGCGGCGCCGAGGUCGAGUGCAUCCCGAUGGCCUGGCGCUGCGACGGGCGCGCCGACUGCUCCGACGGCUCGGACGAGACGUUGCACUGCGGGCGCGGCAACGGCAGCGCGUGCGCGGCCGGCUCGUUCCGCUGCGCGGCGUCGGGCGCGUGCGUGCCCGCCUCGGCCGCGUGCGACGGCGCCGCCGACUGCCCCCAUGCCGAGGACGAGGCGGAAUGCGCGUGCGCCAAGGGCUCCUUCCGCUGCCCCGCCUCCGCGCUCUGCCUCGACUCGGCACUUUACUGCGACGGGGACGUGGACUGUAGCGACGGGUCGGACGAGCCGGCCGGCUGCGGCGGCGCGGGCGGCGCGGGCGGCGGUGUGCCGGCGGGGGCGCAGGGGGUGGGCGGCGCCCCGGAGGCCGACCCGCUGUGCGGCGCGCUGGGCGGCGGCGUGCGCUGCCGCGGCCGCUGCCUGCCCGCCGCGCUCGUGUGCGACGGCCGCGACCACUGCCUGGACGGCGGCGGCGGCGGCGCCGGCUCCGACGAGGACCCCUCCGUGUGCGGGUCGUACUCGCGCGCGUUCGGCACCGGCUCGGAGGCGCCGGGCGCCGCGCUGUGGGGCUGCGCGCGCGGCGAGUGGCGCUGCGCCAACGGGGCCUGCGUGCCGCGCUCGGCCCUCUGCGACGGCAACGACGACUGCGGCGACUACAGCGACGAGUGGCGCUGCAACGUGGACGAGUGCUCGGUGCGCAACGGCGAGUGCGCGCACAACUGCUCCGAGCUGGCGGUGGGCCACGCGUGCUGGUGCCGCAAGGGCUGGCGGCGUGUGGGCGCCGGCGCCUGCCGCGACGCCGACGAGUGCGAGGAGGACGAGCCCUGCGACCACCGCUGCCGCAACACCGUCGGCAGCUUCGUGUGCUCCUGCAACGAGGGCUACAGGCUCAUGUCCGACGGCGUCAGCUGCGAACCCGCCUCCCCGGUGAAGGCGUCCCUGAUAUUCACGAACCGCUACUACAUCCGGCAAACGACGGUGGUGGGCGAGGCGACGCCGCCGGGCGCGGCGGUCACGUCGCUGCUGGUGCACAACCUGACCAACGCGGUGGCGCUGGACAUGGACUGGGCGGGCGGCUGCCUCUACUGGAGCGACGUGACGCGCCUCGGCAGCUCCAUCAAGCGCGUCUGCAGGGCGCCGCGCCCGCUGCGCACCCUCGACGCCUCCUCCGCCGAAUACCAGCUGGUGCAGGGCGCGACGCUGCAGAACCCCGACGGGCUGGCGGUGGACUGGGUGGCGCGCAACGUGUACUGGUGCGACAAGGGCACCGACACCGUGGAGGUGGCGCGCCUCGACGGCAGCCACCGGCGCGUGCUGCUGCGCGGCGGGCUGGCGGAGCCGCGCGGGCUGGCGCUCAACCCGCGCGCGGGGACGCUGUACUGGUCGGACUGGGGCGCGCGCGCGCACAUCGGCCGCUGCGGCAUGGACGGCUCCGCGCGGCGCGUGCUGCUGGCCGCCGGCCUGGGCUGGCCCAACGCGCUCACGCUGCUGCCCGCCGCCGACGAGCUCUACUUCGCCGACGCGCGCGAGGACUUCGUCGCCGUGGCCGACCUCGACGGCAAACACAUGCGCAUACUCUUCUCCAGGGACCAGAUGCCGUGGCUGCGCUUGCACCACGUGUUCGCGCUGGCCGUGUGGGCGGGCCGCGUCUACUGGAGCGACUGGGAGACGCGCGCGAUCGAGAGCUGCCGCCGCCGCCCGGACCCCCACUACCAGGAGAUGAACAACACCUUGCCGGAGCAGGGCGGCGCGUGGCGUUGCCGCACUGAAGUGCACACUGUACACAAGCCCAUGGACUUGCGCGUCUACCACCCUGCUAGGCAGCCACCCAUGCCCGAGCUGUCGGCGCAGUGCGAGCGGCUGAACUGCUCGGGGCUGUGCCUGCUGCGGCCGGCGGCGGAGGCGGGCGGGGCGGCGAGCGCCACGUGCUCCUGCCCGGAGCACUUCGCGCUCGCGGAGGACGGCCGCUCGUGCACGCCCAACUGCACGGCCGCCCAGUUCGUGUGCCGCGACACGCUCAAGUGCAUCCCCUUCUGGUGGCGCUGCGACACGCAGGACGACUGCGGCGACGGGUCGGACGAGCCGGCGUCGUGCCCGCAGUUCCGGUGCGCGCCGGGGCAGUUCCAGUGCGGCAGCGGGCAGUGCGCGCACCCGGCGCACAUCUGCGACGGCACGCCGCACUGCCGCGACGCCAGCGACGAGCGCGACUGCGACGCGUUCGCCUGCCUCGGCGCGCAGUUCAAGUGCCGCGCCAACGCCACGGCGCGGGCGGCGGCGCGCUGCGUGCCGGCCGCGGCGCGCUGCGACGGCCGCCGCGACUGCGCCGACGGCGACGACGAGCUCGACUGCCCGCCGCGCACCUGCCCGCCGCACCACUUCACGUGCGCGAACGGCGCCUGCGUGCCGGCCGUGUGGGUGUGCGACGAGGACUCGGACUGCGGCGACGGGUCGGACGAGGGCGCCGUGUGCGCGGGCCGCCGCUGUGCGCGCGACCACUUCCGCUGCGCGUCGGGCCGCUGCGUGCCGCGCGAGUGGCUCUGCGACGCGGAGGCCGACUGCCCCGGCCGCGAGGACGAGGCGGGCUGCGCGUCGCGCGCCACCGCGCCCUGCGAGCCCACCUACUUCCGCUGCCCCGACGCGCGCUGCAUCCCCGGCCGCUGGCGCUGCGACUUCGAGGACGACUGCGGCGACGACGCCGACGAGAUAGGCUGCACGCCGCGCAACUGCUCCGAGUCCGAGUUCCGGUGCGCGAACGGCGAGUGCAUCCGGGGCGCGCUGCGCUGCUCGGGCGCGGUGGAGUGCGCGGACGGGUCGGACGAGGCGGGCUGCGCGCCCGACUGCCGCCCCCACGCCAGGCCCUGCGCGCACUCGCGCCAGUGCGUGCUCAGCGAGUGGUGGUGCGACGGCGAAGUGGAUUGCGGCGACGGCUCCGACGAGGCUUCGUGCAACGCGACUGUCGCCGGGGGCGGCGGGGGCGCGGGGGCGGGCGGCGCCGGGGGCGGUGGGGGGGGGGGGGGGGGCGGGCGGCGACGUGGGCGGGGCGAGGAGCCCGCCGCGUGCGCGCGCACCGCCUGCCACCCGCCCAUGCUCAGGUGCGGCGACAACACGUGCAUCCCGCAAAACCUCAUCUGCGACGGAUACGACGACUGCAAAGAUGGCAUCGACGAAAAUCUCCAGUUGUGCCGGCACUCGGUGACCACGGAGGGGUGCGCGGAGGGCGAGGUGCUCUGCCCCGACGGCCGCUGCGCGCCCACGGAGGCCGCCUGCCACGAGCAAGGCGCGUGCAGCUGGCGCGUGUGCCCCCAGCUGUGCUUGCCCAAACACGAGCACAACUACACCUGCAAAUGUGCUUCGGGCUACAAACAACGCCAGCUGUCAGACGGAACCCUCACGUGUGAAGCGAUCGGCGAGAAGGCGAAGCUGGUGGUGGCGGUGGGCGGCUCGUUGCGCCUCUGGGAGCUCAGCAAGCACGACCACGAGCCGGAGCCGCCGCAGGAUCCCGAGAGCGCGGAGAUCAACUCGGUGGCGGUGGCGCCGCUGAACGGCUCGUGGUGGGUGUUCUGGGGAGACUCGCGCGGCCGCCUGAGGCGCGCCCCGCUGCCCGCCGCGGGCGCGCCGCUCGUGCACCGCGCGGAGACCAUCGUGCGAGUGGAGGGCGAGGUGCGCGGCGUGGCGCUGGACUGGGUGUCGGGGCGCGUGUACUGGACGGCGCUGGAGCGCGGCGCCGGCGCGGCCGAGCACUGGGGCGCGCUGGCCGUGGCGGCGCUCGACGGCCGGCGCAGGGUCACGCUGUGGCGGCGCCGCGCGGCCGAGCCCGACGACCUGCUGCUCUCGCACGACACCGGCGAGGUGGUGUGGUCGGAGCGCGGCGCGGAGCCGGCGCUGCUGGCGGCGGCGCUGGACGGCGGGCGGGUGCGCUCGCUGGCGCGGCGCGCGCGGCGGCCCACAGCGCUGGCGCUGUCCGCCCCCGCGCGCCGCCUCUACUUCGUGGACGCGUUCGGCGACGCGCUGCGCAGCGUGGCGCUGCCCGAGGGCGGCGCGCCCGCCUCGCACCUGCAGUUGGCGCCGUGGACGCGCGCCUGCGUGCGCAUGGCGGCCUGGGAGGAGGCGCUGUGGUGCGCCACGCCGCGCGGCCUGGCCCGGCUGCCGCGCCGCCCGCCGCGCCCGCCGCCGCCGCGCCCGCCGCGCGCCGUGCUGCACGCUCCCGAAGCGGAGGACCCGUGCUCGGGCGCGGAGGGGCGCGGCGCGUGCCACGGCAGCGCGCUGUGCGUGCGGCGCGGCGACGGCGCCCGCUCCUGCCUCUGCCCCGACGGGCUCGUCGCCACCGCCGACCAGGCCGACGAGAAGCGCGAGUGCGCGAUCGCCGUGGGCGCGGCGGAGGGGGCGGAGGGGGCGAAGGGGGCGCAGGGGGCGCCGUGCCCGCUGCAGUGCGGGCCGGGCGAGUGCGUGCGCGGGGCGGAGGGGGCGGAGGGGGCGGCGGGCGAGGCGGGGGAGGCGCGGUGCCGCUGCCCGCCGCUGUUCGCGGGCGAGCGCUGCCAGCACUUCCGCUGCGCCGCGCACUGCCACCGGCGCGGCCGCUGCGAGCUCGACGCCGCCGCUCCGCACGCGCCCGCCGAGCUGCCGCCGCUCAAGGCACGCUCCCGCUUAGAUUGUCAUAUUGCG